CUCCACUAGUAGUACUGUAGGUGGCUGUGCAUCCCUGUCUCUCCUCUCCGGCUCCCCCCCCCCGCCCCAUCCCAUUUGCUGCACUAUCCGGUAUGGCUCCUGCAGGGCUCAGCAUCUCCAACACUACACGCGGAGCCCCAUCAGGAGAGAGAGGCCAUCACCCUGGACUCCAUAGCACCUCUUCUCACCUCCGGCAUCAUCUCAGGAGCAUGUCUGCUGUCCACAUCUGAGUUUCUCUUCUGCACAGGAAGCCAGCAUCUGGCCCCUUCUUUUUUUUCUGCGGCUUUUGCUGCUGUGACUGUGUCACACUCCAGUUCUUCUCUCUCUGUCGGGCGGCUGAGGAACUCCCGCUGCGGCUGUGUUGUGACAGGUCUAACUUUUUGCUCUCGGCGGUUUUUUUUUUAACCACCUGCUCCCCCGGCGGAAAGGAUGAGGGUUUAGGGUGUCGCCGGUAAGAUGCGGUUCUGUCUUGGGCUGUUACUUUGGGGUCAAGGAUAUUUUGAAGGGUCAAAGGCUACCACGACGUCCAUGCUGUGUCUCACCGAGCCAGUGGCACGGGGCUGAGAGGAAUCACGUCGUCCUUGUCCCUUUUCAGCUGUCGCGUGUGGAUUUUUGUCUGUGAGUUGGCUGAGAGGUCAGCCUACGUGCUUCUGUGGAACUUUGUGACACCUCAGAGCAAGCGGUGGGGAGUACCGGGGCUUGGGAACUACUGGUCAUGGGAAAUGCAGCAGGGAGCAUGGACCUGCCCCUGGGGCGGGAGUCCAAGAGCACAGCGGGCUCCCUCACCCCAGCGGCCCCGCAGAAGCAGCCUGCACCCCCCAAACUGCCUAUGCCAGGCGAGGAGGAGCUGGAGGAGCGCUUCAAUGUGGUCUUGAACUCCAUGAACCUGCCUCCAGACAAAGUGAAGCUCCUGUGUCAGUAUGACAAUGAGAAGAAGUGGGAGCUGGUCUGUGAUCAGGAGCGCUUUCAGGUAAAGAACCCACCUUCUGCUUACCUGCUGAAGCUCAAGAGCUACCUGGACCAAGGAGGGGUCAGCCGCAAGUUUAAGAGGCGCGUCCAGGAGUCAACCCAGGUCCUCAGAGAACUUGAGAUCUCCCUACGGACCAAUCAUAUCGGCUGGGCACAAGAGUUCCUCAGUGAGGAGAACAAAGGGCUGGAUGUGCUGGUGGAUUACCUUUCUUUUGCCCAAUGUGCCGUCACGUAUGACAUGGAGAGUAUGGAUAAUGGGGGUCUGCCAGGAGACAGAGGGAAACCCCUGGAUAAAUCGGUGGAAGACUUGAGCAAGAGUGCCAGCAACUCACCGACCCAUGGAGCCUCGAAGGCUGCUCGUGCACUGACAGUCCGGUUUAACUCCCUGCACAGCAGGAAAGCUCUGCGGAACUCUCGCAUCGUCAGCCAGAAAGACGACGUGCACGUCUGCAUCAUGUGCCUCCGUGCCAUCAUGAAUUACCAGUCCGGAUUCAACUUGGUGAUGACCCACCCACGUUGUGUCAAUGAAAUCACACUUAGCCUCAACAACAAGAACCCCAGGACCAAGGCACUGGUUCUGGAGCUGUUGGCUGCUGUGUGCUUGGUGAGGGGAGGACAUGAUAUCAUCAUCUCUGCCUUCGAUAACUUUAAAGAGGUGUGUGGGGAGAAAAACCGCUUUGAGAAACUGAUGGAGUAUUUCAGCAAUGAAGACAGCAAUAUUGACUUCAUGGUGGCAUGCAUGCAGUUCAUCAACAUCGUGGUCCACUCUGUGGAGAACAUGAACUUCCGGGUACACCUGCAGUAUGAGUUUACCCACCAUGGACUGGACGAGUACCUAGAGAGACUGAAGUUUACAGAGAGCGAUAAGCUGCUGGUGCAGAUCCAGGCCUACCUGGACAAUGUGUUUGACGUUGGGGCGUUGCUGGAGGAUGCUGAGACAAAGAACGCCCUCCUAGAGCAUAUGGAGGAGCUGCAGGAGCAUAAUGCGCAGCUAAGCAGCAGGCUGCAGGAAAGUGAGAGCCAGGCUGAGGAGAAGAGAGCAGAGCUGGAGAAGCAGCUCAUUCAGUCCACCAAAGAGGUAGAAGUGCUGAAGGAGGGCCUGAGGGAAACAUGCAGUCAGGUGACUGUGCUGCAGCAGAGAGAGCGGGAGAGGGAACUGGACAGGGAGAGGGAGAGAGAGCGAGAGAAGAGCCAGGAAAAGGCCUCCACUGAGCUGGAGCUCAAAGUGCAGGAGCUGCAGUCCCGAGGGCUGAUCCGCCUAGAGCGAUCGGCCUCUGGAGCCCUGGACAUCCAGGUGGUGCCUGUCACUCUUACAGAGCCUACCCCAGGAUUGACCAAUCACACAGGUCCAGUUCAAAUGGCAACUGCUGAGGGCCCUGCAGCCCCUCCUCCUCCUGCCCCUCUGCUUCCCACAGCAGCUCCACCUAUUCCUCCACCUCCUCCUCUGGCUUCUUCCUGUGCCCCUCCUCCUCCUCCUCCUCCACCCCCACCCCCACCUGGAAGUGGCCCUCCCCCACCCCCUCCACCACCUGGAAGUGGCCCUCCCCCACCCCCUCCACCACCUGGAAGUGGCCCUCCCCCCCCCUCCACCACCAGGAAGUGGCCCUCCCCCGCCCCUCCACCACCAGGAAGUGGCCCUCCCCCCCCUCCACCACCUGGAGGUGGCCCUCCCCCACCCCCACCUGGGAGUGGUCCUCCACCUCCUCCAGGAGGAUUACCUGGUGGAUCUCCAGACAAUAAAGGCAAAAAACCCAUCAAGACAAAGUACCACAUGCCUCUCUUCAACUGGCAGGCCCUGAAGCCCAACCAGGUCACUGGAACCGUCUUCAAUGAGCUGGAUGACGAGCAGGUUUUGGGGGAGCUCAACAUGGACACGUUUGAGGAGAUUUUUAAGACCAAGGCGCAGGGCACUCCAGCUGACCUGGGCACGCUGAAGGUGAAGCUGGCCCAGAAGACCUCCAACAGAGUUUCCCUCAUUGAGGCCAACAGAGCCAAGAACCUGGCCAUAACACUGCGCAAGGGCGGCUUGAGCGCCUCCGACAUCUGCACAGCCAUAGAGACCUAUAACCAGCAGGCCCUGAGCCUGGACUUCCUGGAGCUGCUGGAGCGCUUCAUCCCGUCGGAGUACGAGCUGAAGCUGAUCCAGAACUACGAGCGUGACGGCCGGCCGCUGGACGAGCUGUCGGAGGAGGACCGCUUCAUGAUGCGCUUCGGGAAGAUCCCGCGCCUGCCCCAGCGGAUCAGCACCCUCACCUUCAUGGGCAACUUCCCCGACAGCGUGCAGCUACUGCAACCGCAACUGAACAGCAUCAUUGCAGCGUCAAUGUCCAUUAAGUCCUCCAGCAAACUGAAAAAGAUCCUGGAGAUCGUCCUGGCGUUUGGGAACUACAUGAACAGCAGUAAAAGAGGGGCUGCGUAUGGGUUCCGCCUCCAGAGUCUGGACCUGCUCCUGGAAACGAAGUCCACGGACCGCAGCCAAACCCUGCUGCACUUCAUCGUCAGCAUAAUCCAGCAGAAGUACCCUGAGCUGCAGUGCUUCCACACCGAGCUGCACUUUGUGGAAAAAGCUGCCCUGGUUUCUUUGGACAGCAUCCUGCAGGACCUCCGGUCGCUGGAGAAGGGCAUGGAAGGGACCCGGAAGGAGUUCCUGGUGCAGGAUGACAACCCUGUGCUAAAGGAGUUUCUGAAAAGCAACAACGAGCUGCUGGAGACACUGGUGAAUGAUGGGAAGACUGCCCAGGAGGCAUAUAAUUCAGUGGUGGAGUAUUUUGGGGAGAACCCAAAGACCACACCACCCUCCGUGUUUUUCCCCAUAUUUGUGAGAUUCGUCAAGGCCUACAAGCAAGCCGAGCAUGACAACGAGAAAAGGAAGAAGCAGGAGGCUGCAGAGGAGGCCGGCGAGGCACCUGCCACGCCCAUCAAGAAUGAGCCCGCAGGGCACAAGAUGCCCAUGAUGCCCAAGAUUCCCCAGAUGGAUCUCAUCGCGGAGCUCAAAAAGAGGCAGGUGAAGCCCGUAGUGAGAGAAGGAAAAGACGGGGCCAUCGAGGAUAUCAUCACAGACCUGAGGAACCAGCCAUACAGACGGACAGACGGGGCCCGGCUAAGUAGCAAAAAGAAACCGGGACAGCAGCUCCAGGUGUCUUCUGACAUCUCUCUGUGACGCGCUACAGCACACCUGUAGCACACCAUGUGACACACACAUGCAAACACUCACUCACACAUGAAUGCACGUGCACCAGGAAAGCCAAACAAAAGCAAAGUGGCCCUCUCCCCCUAGACAGUGUGUGUACUGUAGGUGUCUCUGACUCAACGCUACAUGGCUGCAGGCCAGCUCUCAGAGCUGAUUCAGCUUUGCUUGUUGUUUCACAGCUCAGUGCCAGCAGCUGCAGACAAAACCCACUGUGUCUUUGCCUUUGCCUUUGAAAGCUGUGCUGAUGCUUUAUAACAUCCUGAAUAAAGCUGUCACAUCCUUCCCAGUGUAAACCAAUACCUGUGCUAGGGUACUGGCUGUCAGAGAAGGCUCUUUUCGCGGCAGUGGAGAUCUUAUAAGGCUGUGUAACCUGUAAGAACUUCAUCGAAUUCCAUUUUUGUAGUUCUUAGCUUGUUUGUUUAAAUCGGAAAUGUUUUUUAAUAGAACGAUAAGACUGGAUCUGACCAAAGAUGAAUAGCAUACAGCAGUGGUUCUCAACCUCGGUCCUGGGGGCCCAUUGUGUAUGCUGUUUUUCGUUCCAACCACAAUUGCAAUCUCGGAGUUGUAACAAGCUGUUAUUUUUCCUUAAUUAGGUGCUUCUCAUGACAGAGGGAUUAUUUGCCUGCUUAAGCCACCUUGUGUCAGAAAUAGCUACGCAUGCCAUAAAGAAUAAAAGUCCCAUAUUCACAUUGUGCUAUAUUGUAGACGAUUAGGUAAAAAGGUUAAAGAAAACUUUUUAACUAAUCAAAAUAAAGACUGAGGCAAAUCAACAGGUUCCUAAUUGGGGAAAGUGUGGACACCUGGCCACUAAAUCUAAUCAUUUGAUAGAUAACGAAGAAUUCAAAAACAAAGAAAAUUAUAACGAGUCAAACCUGUAUUGUGCUAAAUAGUUUAAGGGAAAUAUUAUGCACUUAAAGCACUUAAACACAUGUGUUCAGCAACCUAAUUAGGAGCCUAUUAAUUCCCCUCGUUAAUUUGAUCUGUUAAAAAUGUUACCUCUUUUUAAGUGAUUGUUUGCAAUCACUUAAAAAGCAACACAAUAACACAAUGGGAUUUUAUUCUUCAUGCCAUGCAUAGCAAUUUCUGACAUUAUGUGGAUUAAGAGGGUAAAUAAUUCCUCUUAAUUAAGAAAAAUGAACAGCUUGUUAAAAUUCUGAGAUCGCAAUUGUGGUUGGAACGAAAACCAGCAUAUACAGUGGGCCCCCAGGACUGAGGUUGAGUACCACUGGCAUACAGGAAUGCAAUGACUCUCCGUUCUUAUCUCCCUGCCUCUAUUGGUCAGUGAGGGAAUUACCUGAAUGUCCAGAGAGAAACUGAGUAUUUAAUAUACAUGUAAUAUUUAUUACAAGAUUAUGUGACCUCUUGGCAAUAGAAAGAGGCACUAUCGAGUCCCGGUAACUCCCUAUGAACAUCUAACUCAUUCACUAAAUCAUUGGCUAAUGUAUAUAUGACCUGAAAAACUGCUUAACCUACAUGUACAUGUCCGUGCAGCACAGCCUGUAUGUAUGUGUAGUGAAAAAAACUAACAAAUACCUUGGGACUGCUAAAAACCCAUUUUUUAUCAGCCUGGGCCUGUUCAGUAAAUGGCAUGCAGUCGUCUGUGACCUGACCUUCGAAGCAAAUUGCAAUAGACUGUAAUUUAGCAAUACACUGUAGUCGCUAGGCUUAUAUACUAUAAUACAGAUUACCUUUGCUCAGGUGCAAGCCUAGAAGACAGUUUGUAUGUAUUAUAUUGAAAAAGAUUUUUUUUUAAUGAAUGUGUAACAAUUACUCAACCUUUUUAAGGCCUUCAUUUGGAUGUUUUUGUUACUUUUGUUUUGAACUAAUAAAGAUUUUUAUAUUGUG